UUUUUUUUUACUGGUCACUGAAGCUGCACAGGGACCAUGGAUCCUCCACCGACUUCAGAGAAAUCGCAUCUCAUCAACGAAAGAAAUGCCAAAAUAUACUCCUUAAAAUUUAGCAGUGAAUUCUCAGGUUCCAAAGAAGGUUGUCCAGACCUGCCUUUGGGAAAUGGGGAUAUGGCUGGUGCCAUCGAGCUGAAGAGGCCCGUUGGAACUCAUUGCCAUGGGAAAAAAGCAGCCUGCGAUGAGAGCCGUGAGAAACUCAUAGCAAAGAAGAAACUGUACAUCGCCUCCAUAGUCUGUCUGGUUUUCAUGAUUGGAGAAGUUAUAGGUGGUUAUCUAGCACACAGUCUGGCCAUUAUGACCGAUGCAGCGCACCUUCUGACGGAUUUUGGCAGUAUGAUGGUCAGUAUUUUUUCCUUGUGGAUCUCCUCAAGACCACCCACCAAGAGAAUGAACUUUGGCUGGCACAGAUCAGAGAUUCUGGGAGCCCUGGUAUCUGUAAUGUCCAUCUGGAUCGUGACUGGGGUGUUGGUCUACCUUGCCAUUGAGAGGAUAGUAAAAAAUGAUUAUGAAAUUGAAGGCAGUGUGAUGCUCGUCACCUCAGGUUGUGCAGUCGUGGUCAACAUCGUAAUGGCCUAUAUUCUCCACCAUUCCACGACCUUCCACAGUCACGGUUCAGGCUACCACAAGAUUGAUGAGAAUGGGAUGAGCCCCGUGGGCCAUGGCCACUCCCACAGCCUCCUGGGUAAUCAUGGGAACACCAGUGUCAGAGCAGCAUUUAUUCAUGUUUUGGGGGAUCUCUUACAGAGCUUUGGAGUCAUGGUGGCCGCCAUUAUCAUCUUCUUCAGGCCAGAAUACAAAAUAGCUGAUCCCAUUUGCACUUUCCUCUUCUCUGUGUUCGUCCUGGGCACCACCAUUACCAUUCUAAGAGAUGUCUUCCGCAUUCUCAUGGAGGGAGUACCCAAAGGAAUAGAGUUUAAUUCAGUGAAGGAGGUGCUGCUGUCUCUGAAGGCAGUGAAGGCCAUGCAUAGCUUACACCUGUGGGCUCUCACCAUAGGCCAGAGUCUGCUGUCUGUUCACAUAGCUAUUGAGGAGAAUGCUGACCCUCAGAGUGUCUUAAAGGAAGCCACUGAACUCCUUCAGACCAAAUUUGGCUUUUACAGCACAACCAUUCAAGUGGAGCCUUAUUGCGAGGACAUGAUCCACUGCGUCCAGUGCCAGGACCCUACGGACUAAGUUCUCCGAGUGCACCGGUGAGGGGAGGCUGCCUGUAUAAAAUGUAUGCACACAUAUUAAGCUUCAUUGAGGGUCCAAGCCAGAAAUGGAAACACUGUGCAAAUGUAUCAUCUACAUAUCAUUAUGAAUAUGUACAUGCCAAAUGCAUUUCUAUCGAUUACCAAGAAAAUAAAAAUAAAGAGAUUUCACACUGUGCCAUCUUAAAAGUGCAUCGGUUUAUGGGAGGAAUAGCUUUAACAUGAAGUGGUGAGGUUUAGCUUCACAUACUGUAUGCAAAGAGGAAGUGAACCGAGCGGUAGAACAUAAAUAUGAGGCCUGGAGGCAUCACUGUGAGCCUUUUUAUUGUGAAUUUGCAAGGUUUUGCUUGGAUGGCAUUGUACAUUAUUGCAGGAGUGUACUGUAAUUGCCUGUCUGUGGUCUUAGGAGGGUAAAAGAUGGGUAUUGACGUGACUUCCUUAAAAACAAUUAGAAUGGGGUUUAUUAUGCCCCAUCCAGCCUGGCGUCUGCUGUCAGCACGGUUCUGUAAUCAAUGUGAAUGUCCGGCAAACUACGGCAUGGUGUUGUAGGGCUUAAAAAGAGAUUCUGCUCAAGUGUAAUUAUGGAUUUUGUUGAGAGAUCUCUCACUAAUGUCUUGUCUCACGGUACAAUACUAUCUGCAAAAGCAAAUGGGUGAUUAACUCUGUUCUUCCUCACUGGCUGCGAUAGUUAAGGACCUGUUGUUGUUGUUUUUAAGCGUGGCUUCAUGGGGCUUUGAAAGAACGGCAGAGACAAAAUGACAGAUGACAGUAAUCAACUAAGAAUGAUAUUAAAGGUGAACUGUGUAAUUUGAAAUACUUUCUCUAUCCCAGUUUCAUGAGCAGAAACCAGGGGCCUCAUUUAUAAAAUG